GCGGGGUUCAACAUCAUCACGCUAUUGGGCCUACUCUCCAUCACAACCUCCGUUAUCCUUCUCAACCAUCAUUUACUGUAUACACUGUUCCUAACGUUCAUAUAUUUGGAGUAGCCAUGGCUUUCACUACCAAUGCAACCAUCAACACCUUUGGUGGCAAGCUCCUUAAGCUGACGCACCAGUCCACCACGACUGGCACCCCCAUGAACUUCAACCUCUUCCUUCCAGCCGGCGCGUCAUCCUCUAAGCCCGCGCCACUUCUCAUGUAUUUGUCUGGACUUACCUGCAGUCCCGAGAACGUAUCAGACAAGGGAUUCCUUCACGCACAUGCUUCCAAGGUCUCCCUGGCACUCCUCUUCCCAGAUACCUCGCCUCGCGGUCUUGAUCUACCUGGCGAGCACGACUCAUGGGACUUUGGAAGUGCUGCUUCCUUCUAUAUCGACGCCCCUAAAGCGCCAUGGAGCACAAACUAUCGCAUGGAGUCAUACCUCACCAAGGAGCUUCCCGAGCUGGUGUUCCAGAACUUCCAGGAGCUCGACAGCAGCCGUAUCUCCAUCACUGGCCACUCUAUGGGUGGCCACGGUGCAUUGACGCUAUUCCUCAAGAAUCCAGGAAUGUACAAGAGUGUUAGUGCAUUCUCGCCUAUUUGCAACCCUACACAGUGCCCUUGGGGAGAGAAGGCUUUCACCGGAUACAUUGGCGACUACCGUCAGGAGUGGAAGAAGCACGAUGCUACAGAGCUGAUCAAGACUUUCAAAGGACAGUUUAACUGCUUGAUCGAUGUGGGAACUGGUGACAACUUCUAUACUAAUGGCCAGCUUCUGCCUGAAAACUUGCAAAAGGCGGCCACUGAGGCAGGCGUUGAGGGACUUAACCUGCGAUUCCAAGAGGGAUACGACCACUCGUACUACUUCAUCUCAACUUUUGGCGAAGAUCACGUCAACCACGCUGCUAAGGCUCUUGGCCUGUAAGAUAGACGUACAUAGUAGCCGUAUAUGAAAAUAGUAUGGCAGAGAAGGACAAAUUCAUGGCUAGAGGAAUCAUAAUUGGAGAUAUUUUGUACAUCAUGGAAACUUUGUAGUAUGUAUUUCGUUAUAUACGGCGUCUCCCAAGGACUAAACGCCUCCCAAUAUCAAAAAACAAAAUGUCCGCCGAAUGCAUCAGAUGCCAUACUCCUUCCAUGCGCCGAUAUAUCGCGUAUAUACUGUAGAGAACGACACAAGUAAACAAAUUCCAAACUAUUUCACACCUCCACCCUAUUUCAUCGGAACGCCAUGGGUCGUUCCAAUACAGGGCUGAGCAGUCCAUCUUUCUCAAGUUUUGCGCGCAUUUCUACCUCUGCUUCUUUGCGGAUGCGCGCAAACGCCAACUUUUCGAAUCUGCUCAAGCUCUUCCACCAGUGUUGGCCGGCUUCAUGCUCCGCUAUGCGUUCCAGCAAGUCGGCCGUCUUGAAUCGGACUUCUUUGUCUUUGUGGAACAAGCCCAAGGCCAGGUAGAACAGGCCUGCAUGUGCUUCCGGGGCGACGCUCAGCAGCAGACAUAUCUCAUCAUACGAGUUUAUGUACUUGGCCAAUGUCAAGUAAAUAUCACGACUCUGCGCUGGGCUUAAGCGCUGCAUUCUGAGUCGAUCAUGCAUAUGGCCCAGAUCCAAGCCCUUUAAUGGCCGGACGGUGUAUAUUUGGGCCAGAUCCUGCAAGCAGUUAGAAUUCUGAAGCUAGUUAUAUGUUUAACUGUGUAGUACUCACUUGGAUAAAGCUGUAGUAGCUGCGCGUAUUGCGCCAGCCUUCGAUUCUAGUAACGUUUCCAGCAAGUUCCUUGUGUUUGGCCGUGUCAUCUGCCCAUACAUAGCCGUGGCCCGCUGCUCCAGGCAAAGUGAGCUCACGGUCUUCGGCACCGAUGUAUAAUGCGCUUGCUCCAUAUACGCUUUCUUCAAACUGUGCUGAUAUUCUCGUAAAUUUCAGAACCCAGUCGCGCCACUUUGCACGCAUGACUGCCUCUCCGUGUCUUGUAGCAAUGCUGCGGAGAACAUCUGACAUGAAGGCAGUAUCACCGGUUAGGUCCUGGUUCUGGUUUGCAGUUCCCGUGGCAAUUGUUGCAAGAGACGGGUUUUGUUGCUGGAAAUAAGAGAGUCCCUCGGUCACAGGCGCUGGCUCAAUCUUGCUGCUAAUCUUUAUGCGGCCAGUAGGCAAAUCACAAAGAAUAUCCCACCACUCAGGAUGGAGUUCAAAUGUGGGAUUAGUUACACCAGCGAUGAAGCCCGGCACAUUCAGCAGAUCGUCAAUCUUGGUAAGAUCAGUGUAAGGGAAAGCAUGGCGAGUAAAGCCUCUUAGGAUGCCGCCUGAAGCCAACGCGCAAGCCGCCAGCACCGCCUCCGCAACUUCACCCGACGGGAGGUUAUGACCGAGAAAGAUGACACGCUUUUGUGUGAGUAGUCCAUUCACGAGGACAAUAAUCGGAUGCGUGUUGACACCAUUUGUCGUCAGAUGAGGAUGUAGGGUGAAUGGCUGUGGUGACUUCGCGUGCGGUUCCGAAAACUUCUGAAUAAGCUUGACGAGCGAAAAGUCGCCUACAGUCUCGGGCAUAACAGCUGUUGGGAUUUUGAUGGGGAUUGGGAUGCCCUUAUACAUAACUUUGGACUCGAACUCGUGUGUGUCUCGCGGAACUGAAUAUGUCGAUGUUGAGUUGCCGCCUUCAAUAUGAGCCUUUGUACCGCGACGGGAUAUGGUUGAAGUCUCUGCUGAUCGAUGAUCGCGAUCAAUCGUGUCUGUGAUAGCUUCUCCACGCUCCUCUGCCAUACGCAUCUGAAUCAUGCGCUCAAACUUUUCCACAAACAAGUCUUUGUUGUCACUGGCCAGCAACAAGUGACGUUCUAGAAUGCUCAGUCGCGGCAUUAGUGAGAGAUCCAUGUCAUUGACGGCAUCGUAGAGCAUUGAUAGUGUCUCGGGGACUGGGGAUUUGAAGUAUUCUUCAAGAGCGAGGAGAAGUA